UCAACGACGACAACAGAACCUUAAUUAACAUGGCAACUACCUGCGGCGGCGUUGCGGUCAUAGAUUUCUGGGCUAAUGGGUUUGGAAUGAGGAUCAGGAUAGCUUUGGAGGAGAAGGGGGUUGCAUAUCAGUACAAGGAAGAAGACCUAAAUAACCCUCAGAGGAGCCGGCUGGUUCUUGAAAUGAACCCGGUUCGGAAAUCGGUUCCCAUACUGGUUCAUGAGGGGAGACCGGUUUGUGACUCGGUUGCUAUUCUUGAGUACAUUGAUGAGAUUUGGAAAGAUGGGUUUCCUUUGCUGUUGCCAAAGGAUCCUUAUGAGAGAGCCACUGCAAGAUUCUGGACUCAUUUCAUUGACAAUAAGUUUUUCCCAACACAAGCAACGUUCUUGAAGAGCAAAGGUGAAGCCAAACAAGAAGCUGAGGAGGAAUUGAUUAGUGAGCUGAAACAAUUAGAAGAUGUUUUGGGAGACAAACCAUACUUUGGAGGUGAGAAAUUUGGGUUCUUUGAUGUGGCUUUCAUCCCAUUUUCUAGCAUGUUCUAUGGGUAUGAAAGUCAUGGUGAGUUCAAGUUGGAGGAAGAGUGCCCAAAGAUAUCAGCCUGGGUUAAAAGGUGCAUGGAAAGACCAAGUGUCUCCAAGAUUCUUCCCGAUUCAGUUAAAAUGUAUGAAUUGCAUAAGAUAUGGUACGGGGUUGAAUAAAUAUUCAAAAAUUAGUAUGUUGUUGUACUCAAAUUAAAGUUUCCACAAGAACUAUAUAUGAUGAAGUUUCAGCUUUUAGUUAGCUUUAGGAACUGUGACUAAGACACAAAUUAAAGUGGCACCAUACUUUACUGAGGAGUAAGUUUAGUCAAAAGAGAAAGUUUAUGCAUCGCUCUACCUGCGCAGCAUUUAACAUUAAUAAAA